AUGCAAGACCUCUCUAGAGCGAGCGCUCUACUUGCCGCAGCUCUUCAGGAUCAUGACAUUAAAUUCAAAAAAGAGGCUAUCGCCGUCGAGCUGGACGAUGGAUCACCACAAGGCAGAACCAAUGCUCAGUGGGUCAUGGAGCAUAUCAGUUCUAGCACAUUGCUCUCCAAGGAUGAAGUUGCUUUAGUGAAGAGCUUAGAACGAUCUGGGGUACUAGAGACCCUUCUCCGACAAUCCGAUUUGACAUCCACGCGAGCCCUCACCGAAGAAGAGAUUCGCGAAGCUACCGCAACGUUAAAAUUAUCAACUGCAACUUGUGCGAAACAGGUUUCGACAUUAAAGUCUCAAUUGGAAAUCACCGAGCGGCUACAAACUGGCAGUCGAGCGGCCGAUCGAAAUCAGGACCGAUACAUAAAUGCGCUGAGCAGGCAACAUUUGUUAGAAAAGCAAAAAUUAAAAGCUAUGUCUGAAGACAUAAAGAAUGAUUUUGAAAUCAGAAUGCAGGAAUAUCAACAACAAAAGCAGGCAGAAAGAAAGCAGCUGCUACAAAGCAUAAGCUCAAAACUAGUGGAUGAUGACGAGGUCCUUGUCACAGCGGAAAGAAUCAUGGCGGAUUCGGAGUCGACAGAGGCAGACGGAAAAAUGGAGAAACGGGCAUUGGAUUUGAUAUCCGUUCUUUCGAGAUUGACCUCUGAAGAAAUUCGUUGUCGAUUAGACCGAUUAUAUCUCGAGGUAAUUUUGUCGGAUACUGAAGUCAUGGCGGAUGUAUCUGGAAGCAAGGAUGUGAAGAUUGCAUUAGAGGAAGACUUGGAAUCGCUAUAUUCGGAGAUUGAAGUCCUGUCUGAGAUGUCUGCCAGACAAGAGUUUGGACAGCCUAUGCUUGGCGAAUUGCGAAGGAACAAGCAGUUUUUCGCUCACUCAUUGGAAGAGAACCUGGAUUCGAUCCUGCAGGUCCUUUCGCAGAUGACACGCUCAACCGAACAAGAAAUUGCUAGUAUGCAAUACCGUCAAUCGCAUCGCGACACUCUGGAUCAAUUGUCUAUUCUUUUCAAGGAAGAAGUGGCUAGCAGAGAAGCAGAACAGAUUCAAACCAAAAAGGCACACCGCAGGCAAUCUUCCCUAUCUUCACCUAUCAAAGCUUCACAACCGCGAAGCUCAAACGUCACUCAAUCCUUGCAGUCUUUGGAAAGCUUUUUACGACGCCUCGGCAUCUCGCCCUCAGCUUCCCUAUCCGCAAAUGAGCUAGCUCUAGAGAAGCGGGCAGAAUUGGCUGAUAUCCUCCACCACAAUCUGAGUGUGGCGGCUAUAAUGCCACUUUAUGAGUCUCUCGGCCCUAGUGACGAGGCGAAGGAGCUUCUAACGUCUGUUUUACAUGCUGACUCGCAUGCAGAGCCAUCAUUAGUUGAUGUCACCCAAAAAGAACAUCUUAGUGAUCUCGAGAGAGAACUUGCAGCUAUCCAGAAAGAUAUUGAGCACGUCAAUCUGAAUGUCCUUGUGGAGCCAGAUAGGUCUCAUGAUAAGUUUAUGGAGAAGUGGGGACUGUCGUGA